AGGCGGGGGAUGGCGGGGGAGAAGAGGACGGGGCGGAGGACGGCUUCUGUAACAGCUCCGCGCGAGCUCGCAUGUGCGAGGAAUAGACACCCCGGAGGCAGAUGUUCUCCGGGAUAGGCGCCGCCGUCGGCGCCGCGAUCAGGAACCACAGGGCGCGGUUGCCGGCCAAGACCGGCGACGGCGUGUACCACCACCUCAAGGACUCCAAGCUCACUGUCCCCACAGACCAGCUGAGGUUCUUGAACAAGGCGUGCAUGGUCUGCGCCACCAAGGAGGAGGACACGGAGUCCCCCAGCAACAGCGCGGCGUCGGCUGCGCUCCCGGAGCGGCUCGGCCGCAGCGGGAAGAGGCUGUACCCGGUGGACUGAGGUGUUAAUCACCUAUAAUCAAGAUUAAUCACGAGUUUAACUAAUUAAUUAGAGAUCUAAUUCUUCGGGUACAAAUCGAGUCACCAAAAUCGACUCAAGUUCAGUCCAAUUUUCUGGAGCCUGGGAAAACCCGGAUACUCC